AUGCUUUCUCCCAGUUAUCCCAGCUAUUUCCUCUGCGGAAAACGUCGCUCUGCUAUCCCUUCUUCAUUCGGCUUCCAGUACAAGCUCCCUCCAAGUGCUCCCUACAGCGCCGUCAUCAAAUACUCCAAAGGGAAACCAGGCGCGAGUGAAUUUCUUCAAGCUACUACGCUACUGUUUAGAGAUAAAGCCAGAGAGCUUACGAGUCUAAUAGAUUUGUGGCAGGGUUAUCAGACUGUCGCGCGUCUAGUAAUUCCUGUCAAACUUUCUAAGGACGCCUUUUGUAUCCUAUCAAACGGCACAUACGCUCCUGAUAUAGGAUCUUCCGUUGCCCGAGUUGAUUAUCAAUAUUCUAACCGGAAGAAAUUGGACCGGGUCUACUAUUUUCUAGGCUAUACUGAGGCGCAAUCUGCAUCCCUGUUCUUAGGAAAGCUAGUUAUCUAUUGCGAAAUAUAA